AUGUCUUUCCAACCAACCCAAAUUUUUGAGGAGGGCACUACUGAGGAGAAGGGUGAGAAUGCUCGUCUCUCCGCCUUUGUCGGUGCCAUCGCCGUUGGUGAUCUGGUAAAGAGCACCCUUGGUCCUAAGGGUAUGGACAAGAUUCUCCAGUCAGCCUCCACCGCCGAAAUCAUGGUUACCAACGACGGUGCCACAAUCCUCAAGUCGAUCGCCCUCGAUAACGCCGCCGCAAAGGUUCUAGUCAAUAUUUCGAAGGUCCAAGACGACGAAGUCGGUGACGGUACCACCUCCGUUGCUGUUCUCGCUGCCGAGCUAUUGAGAGAGGCGGAGAAGCUGGUUGACAAGAAGAUCCACCCCCAGACUAUCAUUGAGGGCUACCGGAUAGCUAGCCAGGCUGCGCUGAAGGCGCUGGAAGGAUCGGCCGUUGAUCACAGCAAGAACCCCGAGGCCUUCCGACAAGAUCUGCUCGCCAUUGCCCGAACAACACUCAGCUCCAAGGUCCUGGCCCAGGACCGCACUCAGUUCGCCGAAUUGGCCGUUGAUGCCGUCCUCCGACUCAAGUCCUCCGAUCUCAACCACAUCCAGAUCAUCAAGAAGGCCGGAGGCAAACUCAGCGACUCCUACCUCGACGAAGGUUUCAUUCUCGAUAAGAAGAUCGGUGUCAACCAGCCCAAGCGACUAGAGAAGGCCAAGAUUCUGGUGGCCAACACCUCUAUGGACACUGACAAGGUCAAGAUCUUUGGUGCCCGCGUUAAGGUUGGCUCAACAAGCAAGCUUGCCGAGCUUGAGAAGGCCGAGAAGGAUAAGAUGAAGGCCAAGGUUGAGAAGAUCAAGGCACACGGCAUCAACUGCUUCAUCAACCGACAGCUCAUUUACAACUGGCCUGAGCAGCUGUUUACUGAUGCUGGCAUCAUGUCCAUUGAGCAUGCUGACUUCGACGGUAUUGAGCGUCUUGCCCUGGUCACAGGCGGUGAGAUUGCCUCGACCUUUGACCAUCCCGAUCAAGUCAAGCUUGGCCACUGCGACGUUAUUGAGGAGGUUAUUAUUGGAGAAGAUACUCUUAUCAAGUUUUCUGGCGUGGCUGGUGGUGAAGCUUGCACAAUUGUCCUUCGAGGUGCCACAGAACAGCUCCUCGAUGAGGCCGAGCGAAGUCUGCACGAUGCCCUUGCUGUUCUGUCACAGACUGUCAAGGAACCCCGAACCACCCUUGGCGGUGGUUGUGCUGAGAUGCUUAUGGCCAAGGCGGUUGAGGGUGCUGCUACCCGAGUUGAGGGUAAGCGACAACUGGCUGUCUCUAGCUUUGCCAUCGCUCUUCGACAACUUCCCACCAUCCUUGCCGACAACGCCGGUCUCGACUCUGGUGACCUCGUUGCCAGAUUACGCAAGGCUCUCUACGAUGGUCUUACCACUUAUGGCCUGGACCUGACGACCCCUGGCGGUGGUAUUGCUGAUAUGCGAGAUCUCGGUGUUAUCGAGAGUUACAAGUUGAAGAAGGCUGUGGUGUCUUCGGCCAGCGAAGCCGCAGAGCUUCUUCUUCGAGUGGACGAUAUCAUUCGGGCAGCUCCUCGUCGACGAGAGCGUAUUGUUGUGCCAGUGCCAGCCGUUGUUUCUCAUCGCAAGAAUCUUCGCUCCCUGAGUGAUAUCGCCAAACCAAUGGAGCAAUCCAAGAUUGUCGACUUCUUUUCAUCUUCACCGUCCUCUCAACAAUCAAAACAGCGCAUCAAAAAGCGUAACAAACCAUCGCCAGCCAGAGCCGCGAAAGGUGGCAGCCAGUCGACUUCGCCCAACCCAGGCCGCGCAGAGUCACAACAAGCCAUGCCCAAGCCAAAUCAGAAGCCCAAGAGGCAGAGAUGGCAGGCAUCAACCUUCGUGCCCCGUGCAGCAUCUUUACAACCAGCUAUUCCCUCUACCCCAAUCUCCAAAAAUAUGUCAUCUCCCCAAAUCACGAAGAAGCGUCGCUUGGAGGGACGGAAUGAACGUGUCCCCGAAACUCCCCCUAAAAAACGAGUCGCGGCGAGUAGUCAAGGCCAACAAACGCCAAAACGAACAAGUCAAUUAGUUCAAGUAAACUCACCGAAUACACCAUUUGAUAUUUCAUCUGGAGAGAGCUCUGAUUCAGACUGUGUGAUUGAAAAAGUCCAGCCAUCGCCAAAGCGCAAACUCGUCGCACCCAGUCCACGAGCUCGACCCAACAAGAAGCGCAAGAUUGAUCAGCAAGAAUCUAUCAAUCGAGGCUAUGCCUCUAUCAAAGCAUCCGUCCUCGCAAAAGGCACAACAUUGCAAAGACAGAACAAACGACCAGCUGCUAGAGGGCGACCAGCUGCUUCUGUACCUCCUCAAGCACCCUUGCCCAACCUCACCUCGAGCAUUGCAGGCCCAAGUCGAAGCACUUCUGUCCCUCCAACUCAUAUCCCCCCCGAACCCCGUCAGAACGAGGUUGCAACCCAGAACGAGAAUGAGUCGGACCACGACAGUGAGAAAGCUCAGCCUUCUCCGAAAAAGCGCAAUCAGCUUGAACAACAGAAAGCCAAUGUUAAGCGACGACGAGUUGGCGACUCAAUCGAUACUCCUGUCUCGAUCGAUGCAGACGACGAAGAUCAGUCUGACUCGGACUGUGAGGUUGUCAAGGUUCUGGUAUCCCCAAGACGAAAGGCGGUCAAGCAUCGCGCUACAGCCGACAAAGAUAUCAAGGCCGAGACUGCUAAGCAACGAAAGGUUGCAGCUCAGCCCAAGACUCGGCCUCCCUCUGUUACAAAGCGGCCUACGUCUGCUAAGUCAGCGGUUACACGCGACACCACACCAAGCAAAACUUUACACAUCGAUCUUACCCAGGAGCCCUCCGAUAGUUCUGAUUUCUCAGACGAAGAGACUACGGUUCUGGCCAAGCCAGCGCUGCCAACACCAGUCGGGCAUAUCCUCGACGUCCAGAAUCCCCAAGCCACUGCUGCUAAGCAGCCCACCAACAGCAACGCCGUUCCUGCCCCGCAGGAGACCGUCCCUGUCAAUGAACAGAGGAAGCCCUCGCCGCACAUCACGGAUUGUUUGUUGGGUUGGUGCCAUGAUGAGUUGAAGAAAGCUUCCUCAAUCUCCAGAAGCAAUUCCCCGUCUCCCGACCAUGAUGUGCCCUUCUCCACCGCGCCUGAAUAUCAGCACGAUGAUGCCGUAGCGAAGAAAGUCAAGAUGGAAGCUCACGAUAGUGACAUGAAACCCGUCAAGAUAGAGAGCAUUGAGCAAUACUGCUCCGACGAUGACGAAUGUAGCAGUGAUGAAGAGUCUCGCGAUGGAGACAUGCGCCCUAUCAAGCAAGAGAGAAGCUCGGUGUGUGGGCAAUCCUCAGACAACGAAGAAGACUUCGACGAAAAGGACAUCAAGAACAUCAAAAAGGAGAGCUACUCAAGUCCCAUGAACAUUUCUUUUGUCAAGCAAUACGAGUCGCAUGCCGACGAAGACCGUGAAAAGGAAUACGACGACGGUGAGGAGGAAUACCAAGGCCUUCCUGACCUAAGUGAUGAUGAGGUGUCUCAUGAAGCCAAUACCAACGAGGUGGAAGAGAAUGGAAAUGUUGGAUCAUCGCCACCUGUGUCAUAUCAGCUACCGCAGGAAGACGUCUCUCCGAAAGCUGUCUCUGCCACACUCGAAGAGGCGGCCAUAAUUGAUUCCGCCAACAAGGAUUUGAGCAAUACGUUCGGCAUCCCGAAGAACAAUUUCUCCACUCCGAUCAAAACCGAAAAGGGUCUUUCGCCAUCCAUCUAUGAGCUUCAGCCAGUUUACAGCGGUGAGAAGCUCAUGCAGAGCCACACUCCUGGUACACCAUCGCCAUUCCGACCUCACCAUCGGGAUUCCCUCCUCGGCUUGAAGAGUAUCCUUAAGGGCUCGGGUGGACGAGGUCGUGCGAGCGAUAACGAGAGUGUGUAUUCUCCCUUCCCGGAUAUCUCUCCCCUUUCUGGAGAUGAGUACGCCGCUUCAUCACCUACGGAACGGAUACAGCAGAGCAAACAGCAAGCAAAGGCUGUCCGGCCUUCUGAGCGUAGACUUUACUCUACACCUCCUCACCGGGCUAUUGUGCCCAAGGCGGUGACAUUGCCGAGGCUCCUACCCAAGAACUGGACGCCGCCACUUCCAAAGGGAGCUCGAUGGCUUCAACAAAAAAAAGAUUUCAUGCCUUUACCAUCUAACCCCGAUGAUACCGCCGCGAGCGACGCAGCCUCAAGACAAGAAACGCCUACAAAGAUUGUCGCAAGGCGACCUCCCCGCGUUAACGACACGACAGACAUAGCAGAGUCUGAAGAUGAAGUUGAGAAGAAGCUCCAAGAGCAACAGUUGAAGCCAGGAACAGACAAACACUGGACCAAGCCUUCCGAGAAGGAAAUCAAGCCCCCGAUCAUCCGUGAUGGCGUUUCAGAACACGCCAUCAAGCCCACAGUUGCUUUGUUCAAGAAGAAAAUCGCCGCUGGGCAAGGCUUCAGUCACGAUACAAGCGACGAGUCGAAUCAAAAGUACAACUGGGAGAUUGACUGGAGUACGCCGGCGUCCCUGAGUGAGCGCGAAUCACAAGCCGUAGCAGCGGAACUAGAAUAUAGGGGAAUCAAGACCAGCAAGCAAUACAGCAACUUUUGGUACAAUCUUACGAUGAAGUUUUCGAGACUUGCAGGCUCGCCUAUUCCGCUUUUUACAGCAAAGAAAAAGGCACUCGAAACGUUUGUUGAGGAGGCUAUGCAGAACCAGGAAAUCAGACGGCGGAAUAAAAACAAGGACGCCCAAGUGCAAAAGAAAUCGAGGCUCCGAGAGAAGAAGAAGACAAAGAAGACGCAGCCCAAAGAUGUGGAUGCGUUCCUCAUUUCGGGAGAUACAGACGCUGAGAGUGAAUCCGAUGACUCCGAUUCCGAUCUCAACGGGGCUGAUCUGAUCGCCAGAAUGCGAGCGGACACAGAGAAACGGCAGAGGACAUAUGGAGGCGGAACGAGCUGUGGACGAAGAAGCAAGUAA